AUGGCAUCGACCGACACGCCAUCGCGGCGAUCCGUGCCCGACGUCGAGCAGCUCGCCAGCAAACUCUCUGACAAAUCCACAGAUGCAAAGGCAAAGCUUGCUCUCGCCUUUGAGCUCAAAGAGCUUCUCGACCUCUUCCAGAACCUCGACUACGCCCUCUUUCUCAAACAUGUCGUUCCGGCCUUUGUCAGCCUCCUCGAAUCAACACCAUGCUGCUUCACCGCAGACGCACCAGAGCAGCGCCUUCGUCACAUUGUCCUCGAGACCACCCACCGCCUGCCGCAGCAAGAAGUGCUCAAGCCCUUUGCCGACAGCCUCAUGACCGCCAUGCUCAGCGUCCUUCGCGACGACAAUGAGGAAAACGCCGUGCUUGCACUCAAAGUCAUCAUUGAUCUCCACCGCUCUUUCAAAGCCGUGCUGCAAGAUCAGGUGCAGCCAUUCCUCGAACUCGUCAAGUCGCUCUACUCCAACAUGAAGAAUACGGUCGAGCAAGCAUUUGAGUCCGAAGCUUCCCAGCUGCAAGGCUCCGCAACAGCAUCGACCGGCUCUCCCGCUCCACCCGCAACUACUGCAGUUGCUCCCGCUUCGACAUCGGACGCCGCCUCCUCUACCACCACAACGGCAGCCACAACCGACUCGGCUUCGAACGCUUCUGCAACCACACCUGCUGCCAAUGCGGCCGACUCAUCCACUACGCCAGCUUCAGCAGCAGCCGCAACAUCUUCGGCAACACCGACCACUUCGACACCCGCCGCUGCCGCCGCCGCAACCGGGUCGAAGACCCUGCCUAAGUCCAUGUCCAGCUUUAAGGUCUUGACAGAAUGCCCCAUCGUCAUCGUCCUCAUUUUCCAGAGCUAUCGCUCCGUCGUGCCACAGGCCAUCAAUGUCUUUGUGCCACUCAUCAUCGAAAGCUGUCUCUCACUCCAGGCAAAACCUCAGCGCGAGGCCCACGAGGCGGCCAAAGCCAAAGGGGAGAUCUUUGUCGGCGUCGCUCCUGGCAUCAAAAACAGGCCGCUCUACACCGACAUGAUCGUGGCACAGGUGAAGACCAUGUCCUUCCUCGCCUAUGUCUUGCGCGGGUCUGCGCCCGUCAUGCGCCCCUUUGCUCAGGUGCUGCCCGAGAUCAGCGUGCGUCUUCUCAAGGACUGCCCGCCCGAAGCUUCGGCUACACGCAAGGAGCUGCUCGUGGCAACGCGCCAUGUCCUCUCCACCGAGUACCGCGCCCACUUUGUCGGUCAGAUCGACACACUCCUCGAUGAACGUGUCCUCAUCGGCACUGGCGUCACCUCCCACGAGACCCAGCGCCCGCUCGCCAUCAGCAUGCUCGCCGACCUCGUCCACCACGUUCGCCAAGAACUCUCGCCCGCACAGCUUGUCCGCGUCGUUCACAUCCAUUCGCACAUCCUCCAUGACCCCACACUAGCCCCAAGCAUCCAGACCAUGUGUGUCAAGCUUCUUCUCAACCUCGUCGAGACGAUCCUCACCAAACAUCCUGACGGCGCCACCCAGACACUCGCCUCCAUCUUGGACGUCUUUGUUGAGAAACUUUCCAGCUUGCAUCGUCUUCGUGCCGACAUGGAGCGCAUCCGACACAUCAAGGACCAUGCAGACGAUGCAGCAGCAGCAGCACCCCAGGCCCCCGUCGACGCGGUGGCCAUCGAGCGAGGCAAGCCCGUCCAAGCAGCAGCGACCAUGCUCGACACCGCUGGCGACCCGCUCAAAGACGCGCGCUUCCUCUUCCGCAACAUCAUGUUCGGCUUCAAGACGCUGAUUCCCGUCCUCCGCCAUCGCAACGCCGCCUACCCGGACGGUGCCGUUGCAGGCAAGCUGCUCGUUGACGGCGUCAAGUGUUGGUCCCUUCACGAGGACCGCGACGGCAGGGAUGAGAAGGAAUUGCUUGACCUCUUCACCACCGUGUUCAUCGACCUCGAACCACAAGUGUUCCACGAAGUGUUUACCACGCACAUGCCCUUCCUCUUUCAAGAGAUGCUCAACUCGCCCACCUUGCUCGGCAUCCCGCAGAACCUGCUCAGCAACGACGCCGUCUCGAAGCGCUUUGUCGGCAUCCUCUUGCGCUUCCUUGUAGACCGUCUCGAGGAGCUCGGCAAAUCCGACAAAAAGCACGCCUCCAUCAGCUUGCGCCUCUUCAAGAUGGCUUUCAUGGCUGUCACGAUCUUCCCCGAAGAGAACGAAGUGGUGCUCCAGCCGCACCUCAGCCAUCUCAUCAUGGAGUCCAUGAAGCUUGCCAGCAAAGCCGACGAGCCUACCAACUACUUUUUGCUGCUCCGCGCCCUCUUCCGCAGCAUUGGCGGAGGUCGCUUCGAGCUUCUUUACAAGGAUGUGCUGCCGCUACUUCCCGUGCUGCUCGAGAACCUUAACGCGCUUCUCAACGCCGCCGAGCCCAGCAGGCGCGAGGUUUUUGUCGACCUCUGUCUUACCGUCCCCGUCCGACUCAGCGUGUUGCUCCCUUACCUCGGUUACUUGAUGAAGCCCUUGGUGCUGGCGCUCCAGUCGUCCACCGAGCUCGUCAGCCAGGGUCUCCGCACGCUCGAGCUGUGCAUCGACAACUUGACGCAAGAGUUCCUCGAUCCCAUUAUGGCUCCCUACGCCCAGGACAUCAUGGCCGCCUUGUGGCAGCAUCUGCAGCCUUUGCCGCACAACCACCAGCACUCGCACACCACCAUGCGAAUCCUCGGCAAGAUGGGUGGACGCAACCGCAAGCUGCUUCAGAAUCCACCCCGGCUCUCAUACGUCUCGCACAAGGGUCCUACCUUCCCCGUGCAUUUUGAAGGCAAGACGCAAUCCAUGACGCUCACGCCUGUCACCGAGCUGGCGCUGGCCAACAUUCGACGCACCGACCCAUACUACCGCAAGCACGCGUUCGAGCUGCUACGACACACUGCAGCGCUCUUCCUCGACGGAUCGCUCAUGGACGCCGAUCGCGAAACGGUAUUCGGAAGGCUCGUCAAGGGCCUCUUCGAUGCAACCCGCUCCGACGAUCUGCGCGAUGAGGCAGUCCAGUACCUCUUUGGCAUCUGUAAGCACGUCUUUCAUGCCGAGAUCAAGCGCGACAUGCCCUCGUCGUCCGGCGCAUCCAGCCGUCACCUGUGGCCCAUGACCACUUCGCUCCUCGAGGGUCUUACCAACGCCUUGGCUCUCAACGAGGCUGGCAAUGAUCCUGCACCGCUGAUCGACUUGCAGCUGCAGAUUAUCCGCGAGUUCCUUGCCGCCUGCGAGAAGACGCCUGCUACGCGCCCAGAUCUCGGCCACAUUGUCAUGCACUCGUUCGCCAGCAAGUUCUGCUCGCAGUGCUACGAGCAGCUCUGGCAGCGCAAGACCGGCGGCUGGCUCGGUGUCGACAUGCUCGUUCGGCGCGCCGACCUCGGCCAGAUCUGGGUGCGUGACCACCAGCUCGAGAUCGUGCGUGCGCUUCUGUUCAUGCUCAAGGACAUGCCCAACGAUCCUCCAGGCAACAUCGAUGAGGUGAGCGAGACGCUGCUCCAGGUGAUCCGGCAGGCGUACACCGUCAAGGCGCCAGCGGCCGACGGCAAACCAGAACCGCCUGUGCCCGAACGCCCGAGCCAUCUCACCUAUCUUAUCGGCAUUUUGGUGCCCGAGCUCUCCAGCUCCAACGCCACCGUUCGCACCACCACACAAACCGCGUUCAAGCUGCUCGCCGAGUUGCGCAAGUGCACCGUCACUGAGCUGCUGACGCCGCAGAAGGACCGCUUGUUGCAGCCCAUCUUCACCAAGCCGCUGCGUGCGCUUCCCUUCGGUAUGCAGAUCGGUCACAUUGACGCCAUCACCUUUGCGCUCAACCUCACGCCUCCGCUGCCCGAGUUCAACGAGGAGUUGUAUCGCGUGCUCACCGAGGCGUUGGCCCUUGCCGAUGCCGACGAUCAGGCGCUGAUAGGACGCACGUCGCAGUACAAGAACAUGAUCGCGGUCACCAAGCUGCGUGUGGUGGCGAUCCGACUGCUCUCAUCCGCCAUGGCGUGCGGCGACUUCCUCUCGACCAAGCACACGCAGAUGCGCAUGAAGAUCAUCUCGGUCUACUUCAAGAGCCUCUACUCGCGCAGCGAAGAGGUCGUGCAAGUUGCCUACGAGUCGCUCAAGACCGUUUUGAGCCAGCAGAGCAAGCUGCCCAAGGAUCUGCUUCAGAGCGGUCUGCGGCCGAUUCUCAUGACACUCGCCGACCGCAAUCGCCUCACCGCCUCGGGCCUGGAAGGACUCGCCCGUCUCUUGCAGCUGCUCACCAACUAUUUCAAGGUCGAGAUCGGCACCAAGCUGCUCGAUCACCUGACCAGCCUUGCUGAGCCCGCUGUUCUGCUGCGCGCCGCAGCUGGCUCGCUCCGCGAUAACGAGCAGAUAAAGACGCUGGUCGCCAUCGUCAACGUCUUCCGUCUCUUGCCCGAAGCCUCGUUCCAAUUCCUUCCGCGUCUCACCACGACGGUGGCCGAGAUUGAGGCGCAGCUCCGACGAGCCGGUCCGACGCCAUUCACCAAACCGCUCACCCUCUUCCUCAACCGCUUCGCCGAGAAGGCCGUGACCUACUUUUUCGAAGGCGACAAGCUCAGCAAUCCCAAAUUCUUGAGGGUCGUCAGGCUGUCGCUGGCAUCCGACGACGGCCCAGAGCUGCGCGCUCACGUCACCAGCGGCCGUGAGAAGCUGCUGUUCCCGCUGUUUGCCAACGAAGCGACGGCGGCCCAGGUUCAGGCAGGCAUCUCGAUCGUACAGCAGUUAGUUGAUCGCGAUCCCAAGUGGCUCGUCACCAACAAGGACGUCUUCGAAAAGCUCAUCGGCCUCUGGAACGGCCCUGCGAGCCGCGAACGCCGGCGCGAGGAGGCUAACAGCAGCGCCAACAAGGCCGUGGCCACACCCGCCAACGCAGCAGCCAACCAGGUUACCGCCAUCGCCCGCAGAAGCAGCGAGACUAAGCGGCUCAUCGAGCUCUUCCUCUCGUUCCUCCGCAUCGAGCCGCAUGUUGAGGCCUACCUUGCCAUCUUGGACGCGUACACUUACAAGAUUGCGUUUGACCUUACCUUUGCGACGCGCUUCAUCUACGACCACCUCUGCGUCAAUGCGUCCAACUCGUUCAAGAGGCAGAUGUUCUCGCGCUUCCUCACGCUCUUCGAGGACAAGGAGGCCAGUCAGACGCUCAAGACUCAGGCGCUGCGCGUGCUCAUCAACCCCAUGUUGCUCGCUUCGUACGGUCCUCAUCCUACCAGCUCACCAGCCGCUUCGCCCAAACCAGCGGCAACCAUCAUCACAGCCAAGUCGGAGGUCGUGAGCUCACAGAAGACGGCUUCCGACGCGAGUGAGAAAGCCGACGACAAGGAUGGCGAUGUUGAGAUGAAGGACGCAGCUCCCGCCGACGGCAAGAAGCCAGAAACCGCCAUUACUACUGGCACAGCCACGGCCUCCGCUUCCACCGACGUGCCCGCUGCCGCCGCUGGCGCCACGACCGAUGGGAUCGAUGCGACCGAUGCGACCGAUGCGACCAAGGAGACCGAGACCAAGGACGUUCAAGCAUCUUCUGAUAAAACCGCCGUCGCCGACGAUGUUGAGGUGGUCGAUGCCGAGCUUGUCACGCAGAUUGUCAAUCGCAUGUGGAAGCCAUUCCAGAACACCAAAGCCGCCAACGAGCUCUGCUCGGACGAUGCGCUUCGCAUCGAGCUGCUUCACAUGUCGACCAUGAUUCUCGAGCAUUGCUCCGAUCAUCUCGCUCCCAACGGUCAGCUGAAGAAGGACACGAUCAAGUUUGGCUGGGCCAACCUCACAGCCGAGGACGUCACCGUCAAGAAUGUGGCCUACAUCUUUAUCGCGCGCUUCCUCGAGGUGUUCGAGAGCCCUAUCAAGAUUGUGGGCCAGGUCUACUUCGGCUUGCUGCGCGCUCACCAGUCCGAAGGCCGCAGCAUGGUCAAGAAGGCGCUCGACAUUCUCGUGCCCGCGUUGCCCAAGCGUGCGGGAGCCAGCGAGAACGGCCAGCCUCCGCAGUGGGCCAAGUGGACCAAGCGACAGCUGGUCGACGAGGGUCAUAACGUCAGCCAGCUCUUUGCCAUCUUGAGCCUGCUCGUGCGUCACGCCGAUCUCUUCUACAGCAGCCGCGAGAUGUUCAUCCCUCACAUUGUCAGCAAUCUCACCAAGCUCGGCCUGGUUGCCAACGUCAACGUCGAGUCGAGGAUGCUGGCCGUAGAUCUCGUCGAGCUGCUCCACAAAUGGGAGAAGCGCCGUCAGGAGCAUGUCCGCUCCCAACAGGCCUCGGCCGAGAAUGGCUCUGCCGACAGCACCACCGAAGAAGAGGCCGCUGGUGGUGGUUCUGCUGCUGCCAAGCGCGGCCUCGAUGCGCCUGAAGAAGCAGCUUUUGUCAAGAAGGUGCGUAUCGACGAGUCGGUCAUCUCUGCUUCGGCGCCUGCUUCCAAGAGCUCUUCGCCCGUGGCUGUGACAGCGGCUGCGACGGCUGGCACCUCCGCUACAGAUGCUGCCCUGUCGCCUGCAGACCACGAGUAUCUCAUGCCCAUGAACCUGCGCGAGAUGACCGUCGGCUUCCUCGUACGCUUCGUUUCGCUCUCGAUGGAGCCCAUCUCGAAGGCCGGCAUCGUCUCCAAAGCUGCCAACUUACUCUCCGAGAUCCUGAAGGCCCCCUAUUGGUCGGAUGUGCAAGUGCGACUGUCGAUCUUCCAACGUCCUCUGAUCCACACGGAGAUCAACGAGCAAAACACACCUGUCAUCUGCAACGCACUCCGCACGCUGCAGAUCGUCGUCGAGGACAAGACCGACGCCUACAUUGCUCCUCACGUUCCUCAGCUGCAGAAGCUGCUCGAGAAGAGCGCUGCCACCGACGAGGUCUCGCUCGUUGAGGCGCAAAAGCCUGUUCUGGAGCGCAUCUUCCGCGUGAUUCCGGAUCCACCGCCCGAGGAAGACGUUGACGGCGAAACCGAGAUGGACACAGGGGAUGACAAGAAGGCUGAUGAAGAUGAUGCUAGCGCCACCAAAGACUCGAAAGAGACGGAUGCGACUGACGAACUGGCAGCCUUCCGCAAAUUUGCCGAAAACCUCAUCGCUGAUGGCCUCAAGCAGAGCCAGCAUAUGUACAGCGUGUUCAGCAUGCUUGAUGCGUGGAGCCAGAGCAAGCCGGAAAAGAUCGAUGCGCAUCUGCCUGCCCUGAGCAAGGCACUCAGCAGGCUGACUAAGGAGCACCUCGCUGCCACGGCGCCUGUUCCAGCCAACGAUGCAAACCUCAAGCUGCUCAUGCUCGUGCUCGAGCUGCUCAAGCGACGCAUUUCGAAUCUCGGCGAUCAGCGACGUUGGCUGCUCUCCGCGCUCGUGCAGUUGGUGGAGCGCUCCUCGUCGCUGGAGCUGUGCCGCUUCUUACUAUCCACAAUGUCCAAAUGGAUACUCGAACAGCGCGAAACCUUCCCCACGGUCAAGGAAAAGGCGGGUAUCUUGCUCAAGAUGAUGUCGUUCGAAUCGCGCGACAACGACUCGCUGCUGCGCGAUUACCUCGAUCUCAUCCACGCCAUCUACACCACGCCCGCCUUUGCACGCACCGAACUGACCGUGCGACUCGAAAAUGCGUUCCUGCUCGGAUGCCGUCACAAGGAUGCCGAGAUACGUCAGAAGUUUAUCGACAUCUUCGACAGGACAUUGGUCCGCGGUGCCGCCGGCCGUCUCCAGUAUCUGCUUGGCCACCAGAGCUGGGAGUACUUGGCUGAGCACUACUGGGUCAACCAGGUACUCGACCUUGUGCUUGCGUCGAUCGAUACCAACUGGCCGCUACUCGCGCACACCUCUGUGCAGCUCGGCAAGGGCGGCAGCAGCUUUGUGCCGACGCUCAAGAGUUUGCAGAUCGGCGACAUGCUCGCAUCGAUCCGCGCGCUCCAGUACACGGACCGUGACCUGGCUCAUCAGAUCUGGACUUCGUUCUUCGCAGCUGCUUGGCGCUCGAUGAGUCGCAAGGACCACGAUGACAUUACGCGUGCGCUCAUUGGCGUGCUGACGCGCGAGUACAACCUUCGACAGGUGAGCAAGCGCCCCAACGUCGUCCAGACGUUACUCGAAGGUGCGCUCGCCUGCAAGCCGCAACUCGAGCUGCCGCCGCACGUGGUCAAGUAUCUCGGCCGCAAUUUCAACGCAUGGCACACGUCGAUCGAGCUGCUACAGAACCUGCUGCGCUCGCUACCUCGCCAGGACGACGCGAUCCGCGAAGCAGGGCAGGAUGCGCUCACCGAGCUGUACGCCGAGCUGUCGGAGGAAGACAUGUUUUACGGCCUCUGGCGACGACGAUGCGUCUAUGCUGAGACGAACAGCGCCAUCUCUUUCGAGCAGAUCGGCAUGUGGAACCAGGCGCAAGUGCAGUAUGAGACUGCGCAGAUCAAGGCUCGUUCGGGUGUGCUCAACUUCACUGAGGCCGAAUAUCAUCUGUGGGAGGACCAGUGGGUGUUCUGCGCCCAGAAGCUGCAGCAGUGGGACAUCCUCACCGACCUCGCCAAGAUGGAGGGCGACAACGACCUGCUACUCGAGUGCGCCUGGCGUCUGUACGACUGGAACACGGAGCGCGAAACGCUCGAACAGGCUCUCGAAAGUCUGUCGGCGAGUGCUACGCCACGCCGUCGCGUGUUUGAAGCGUACAUGGCGCUGCUCAAGUCGCAGUCCGGUCAAGACAAGCCUGCUGAGUUUGGCCGCAUCUGCGACGAAGCAAUCCAGUUGACGCUCAAAAAGUGGCACUCCCUGCCGACCGCCGUCACGGUGGCGCACGUUCCGCUGUUGCAGAUCUUCCAGCAGUUUGUCGAGUUGCAAGAGGCUAGCACCAUCUUUGCCAGCCUGGCGCACACCAACGCCACCAAUCUGGAUCAGCGUUCCGCCGAACUCAAGGCUCAGAUGCAGACGUGGCGCGAACGUUUGCCCAACCUGUGGGACGACAUCAACGCCUGGUCCGAUCUGGUUGCAUGGAGGCAGCACGUGUUUGGCGCCAUCAACAAGGCGUACCUGCCCUUGGUGCCUGUCAUCCAGCAGCGCGACGGCCAGAACGCUUCGACCAACUCGUACGCCUACCGCGGCUACCACGAGACCGCCUGGAUCAUCAACCGUUUCGCCCACGUUGCGCGCAAGCACUAUCUCAACGACGUGUGCAUCUCAUCGCUCACCAAAAUCUACACGUUGCCCAACAUCGAAAUCCAGGAGGCGUUCCUCAAGCUGCGCGAGCAGGCCAAGUGCCACUUCCAGAACCCCAACGAGCUUACACAAGGUCUGGAUGUGAUCAACAACACCAACCUUAUGUUCUUUGCUGCGCCGCAGAAGGCCGAAUUCUUCACGCUCAAGGGUAUGUUUAUGGCACGCUUGGGUCUCAAUGACGAGGCGAACCACGCAUUUGCUACCGCCAUCCAGAUGGACCUCAACCUCGCCAAGGCUUGGACCGAGUGGGGACGAUACAACGACCGCCUCUUCCGCGACCGCCCGACGGAGCUGUCGGCGGCCGGUAACGCUGUCAGCUGCUACCUGCAGGCGGCCGGUCUAUACAAGAACGCCAAGGUGCGCAAGGUGCUCAUCCGUGUGCUAUGGUUGCUGUCGUGCGACGACAGCAAGGGCACCGUGUGGCAAGCCUUUGAAGGGUUUAAGGGCGAUGCACCCAUCUGGUACUGGAUCACGUUCAUCCCGCAGCUGCUGCAGAGUCUCAGCCACAAGGAGGCUCGCUUCGCGCGCAAGAUGCUCAUGUCGAUCGCAAAGACGUUCCCGCAGUCGUUGUACUUCUACCUGCGUACGACCAAGGAGGACUUUGUGGCGAUGAAGCGUCAGUCGGUCAUGGCUGCACAGCGGGCGGCCCAGCAGCAAGCUCGACAGCAGCAAGCUGCAGCAGCGGCUGCCGCGGCGACCGCCAAUGGUAAACCCGCUGCUGGUGCUGGUACUGAAGCCGGCAAGACGCCAGGUGCCGACGGACAAGCUGCCGGCAGCCCUGCCAAGACCGACGGCACGACUCCUGCCGCUGGUUCCACGCCUGCCAAUGGCACCAGCAGCGCCGCCGCCGACGCGAGUGCCAACAAGACGGCUUCCGGUGCUACUCCGGCGGCUCCAGCAUCUGGCGCAACGACAGCGGCACCUGGUGCUGCAACCGCCACGGCAGCAGCUGCCGCAGCGGCCAACAUGCCACGCCAACCGUGGGAGUACGUAGACGAAAUCCUCAACAUCCUCAAGACGGCGUUCCCGCUGCUGACGCUCACGAUGGAAAACAUCGCCGAGCAGAUCCAGCAGCGAUUCAAGCCGACCAACGAGGAGGACAUCUACCGUCUCACGAAUGCGCUACUCAAUGACGCGCUGCAGCAGUACAUCCAGCGUGCAGUCUCGCCCAACGAUUCAGGCGUGUUGCCCGCGUCAUCGCAGGCCAACGUGAUUCGGUUUGCCGAGAAUUUGCCGCAGGGACCGCUCAAGACGUCGUUCGAGGAAGACUUUGUCAAGUCCAAGCCGACUUUGCGAGACUAUGUUUCGAAGCUGCAGCGCUGGAGGGACCGAUACGAGACGAGCCUCGAUCGUCGCCCGAGCAAGCAACAUCUCGAGCACUGUUCGCACUACCUGGUCGAGUUCCAGCAUCAGAAAUUCGACGAGGUCGAGGUGCCCGGCCAGUAUCUCAAGCUGGAAGACAACAACUCGGACUUUGUCAAGAUUGCGCGCUUCAUGCCCGUGUUCGAGAUGGUGCGGUCUUCGGGCAUGUGCACGAGGCGGUUGACCAUCUUGAGCAACAAAGGUACGACGCAUUCGUUUGCGGUGCAGUUGCCGAGUGGAAGGUACUGUCGACGCGAGGAGCGAAUUUUCCAGCUGUUGCGGUUCUUCAACCGGAUCUUGGAGAGGAGGAAAGAGACGCGUAAGCGUGGGCUGGCGUUCCAUGUGCCGUUGGCGCUGCCGCUGGCGCCGCAGGUGCGGUUGAUUGAUCAUGACUCGAGCUUUGUCAGCUUGCAGGAUAUUUACGAGCGCCAUUGCGAGGAGAUUGGGAUUGGCAAGGAUGAUCCGGUGAUUGCGUGGGUUGAGAAGAUGCGCAGUACGUGGGAUGGGGGCAGCCUGGGGCCGAAUGCCGGUGGUGUUUCUGGCGGUGGUGCGACGAGUCUGUCCGCCCCGACCCCAGCCGCAGGUGCGGGAGCAGGAGCAGGAGCAGCGACGCGCGGAAAUGUCGACUUCACCAAUCUCCGCAUGGAUCUCAUGGAGGAGAUAUCGACCAAGUACGUGCCCGACACGGUGCUGUCGCGCUACCUUACGCGAUCCAUGCCGUCCCCUUCGGACUUGUACAUGCUGCGCAAGCAGUUCACGCUGCAAACCGCCGCGUCGUCGUUCGUCACGUACUGCCUGUUCGUCUCGAAUCGCCUACCCAACCGUAUCCACGUCAGCCGCUCCACAGGGCAAGUGGCCAUGUCGGACGUGGUGCCCACUUUCAACCCCACGGCGCCGCAGUUCAAGUCGACCGAUCCGACGCCGUUCCGUCUGUCGCCGAAUCUGCAGAACUUCAUCGGGCCCGUGGGUAUCGAGGGCGUGCUCACCUCGGCGCUCAUGGCGCUGGGCAGGACGUUGACGGAACCGGAACGAAACCUCGAGGAGUAUCUCGGGAUCUUCGUGCGCGACGAGAUUAACUUUUGGCUGCAGGGUGCGCAGCGCCAGGCACAGGCGCAGGCGCAGGCGUCGGCAUCGACUGCACCCGCGCUGGUAACCGAGGCGCCCAAGGAGGUCGUCCUCACCAAUGUGCUCGAGAUUGUCAAGCGGGCGAAGCUGAUCAGCUGCAGGCACGAGUUCGAUAAGCUCCAGCAGCCUGCGGGUGGAGCUGGCGCCGCGAGCGUGGCUACUACGCCGGUCAGUUCUGUGGUGCUGGAUCUGAUCAACUCGGCGAGCAACCCGUCGAAGCUGGCGUUGCAGGACCCGACGUGGGGGCCUUGGUUGUAG